AUGGACACCCAACCUCGUCUCACUGUGACAGCGUUCAAAGGAAUGGUCUACUCAAGCAGCGAACAUCCCUCCUCCCACCCUCCACGCCCUUCCCUCUCCUCUCAAGUACUGCCUCUCCUCAGCCCUCCACUCCCCCUCGAACUCGCGUACGAAAUCCUCAACCUCUCCCACCUCUUCCGACGUACCUGGAUCAAGAGGCUAGAAAACGUCAGUUCCAAGCCAGUUAACAACCGUCUGGAGUACGCGAAAGGCGGGAGAACCUAUCUCCAAAGCCCCGUUCUGGGGGCGAGGAGGCUCAGGAAGGUGCUAGUGAACGUUAUACUCGCCCCGUGGAAAGAGGGUUGGCCUGUGGAGAAUGGCCCAUGUAUCUUGAGAGCGAGCUUGGUCAGGCCAUUGCUGGAUCCUGAUAAAACGAACCCUCAAGGGGCAGAAACAAUCGUGUGCGAAGAGCCUCUUGAGCCGCACUAUCCUAAGACGUGGAUCUUCAGUGUCUACUUUGACGACGACAGUCCCCUCAUUAUGAAUGCACAGAAGGGUGACCGAAUACGAAUCAGUCUCUUGCCUCACUACCGCACAAGGUCAGGAAUGGUGCCAGUCGUCAAGGAGGUGACUUUGUACUUGUAUUGCGAGUGGUGA